UAUAAAAAAAAAAAAAAAGAAACCAUAAAAAUACACAAAAGUGCGGUUUCAACUUUCAACGCGGACGGAGUGACCGUCACCGUCACGUUCCAGAACGACUAGGGUUCCUCUCUAAUUCUCUUUCAUCUCGAGCUUUGUAGAGUUGAGGAUUGAGGUUGAUUGCUAUGGGGUGGUUUAGAGCUGGUUCAAGUGUGACAAAGCUUGCCAUUAGGAGGACUUUAGCUCAGGGUGGUUCAUAUGCAACGAGGACACAUGUUGUACGGAUGCACGCCCUGUAUUUUCACACCAGCGUGUUCAAGGCAAAGGAACAAUCGACACCUAUGCCUAGCACUGUACCUUUAUCUAGGUUAACUGAUACUUUCUUGGAUGGAACUAGUAGUAUCUAUUUGGAGGAGUUACAGAGGGCUUGGGAAGCUGACCCUAACAGUGUGGAUGAAUCGUGGGAUAAUUUCUUUAGGAAUUUUGUUGGUCAGGAUGCUACAUCUCCUGGAAUUUCGGGUCAAACAAUUCAUGAGAGUAUGCGUUUGCUGUUGCUUGUGAAGUCUUACCAGGUUAAUGGUCAUAUGAAAACGAAGUUGGACCCACUGGGGUUGGAAGAAAGAGAAAUCCCGGAUGAUUUGGACCUAGCUCUUUAUGGGUUCAGUGAAGCUGAUCUUGAUAGGGAGUUCUUUUUAGGAGUGUGGAGAAUGGCUGGUUUUUUGGCUGAGAAUCGUCCUGUGCAGACACUUAGAUCCAUUUUAACCCGGCUUGAGCAGGCUUACUGUAGGAGCAUUGGAUAUGAGUACAUGCACAUAGCAGAUCAUGAGAAAUGUAACUGGUUGAGAGACAAGAUUGAAACACCAACACCGACGCAAUACAAUAGACAACGGCGAGAGGUUAUUCUGGAUAGGCUUAUAUGGAGUAGCCAAUUUGAGAACUUCUUGGCCACUAAGUGGACUACAGCAAAGAGGUUUGGGCUUGAAGGUGGGGAGACAUUGAUUCCUGGCAUGAAGGAGAUGUUUGAUAGGGCAGCUGAUCUUGGGGUUGAGAACAUAGUUAUUGGAAUGCCUCACAGAGGAAGACUGAAUGUGCUGGGUAAUGUUGUACGAAAACCACUUCGCCAAAUAUUUAGUGAGUUUAGUGGUGGUACAAAGCCUGUAGAUGAAGUUGGUCUCUAUACAGGAACUGGUGAUGUUAAGUAUCACCUGGGAACUUCUUAUGAUCGGCCAACUAGAGGUGGUAAGAGAAUUCAUUUGUCUUUGGUUGCUAAUCCUAGUCACUUGGAAGCUGUAGACCCUGUUGUUGUUGGAAAAACUAGAGCAAAACAAUAUUACUCCAAUGAUGUGGACAGGACCAAGAAUAUGGCUGUUUUGAUUCAUGGAGAUGGUAGCUUUGCUGGACAAGGUGUUGUCUAUGAGACUUUUCAUCUUAGUGCGCUUCCAAACUACACUACUGGUGGUACUAUACACAUUGUAGUAAACAACCAAGUGGCCUUUACUACUGAUCCAAGAGCAGGCAGAUCCUCACAGUAUUGUACUGAUGUUGCCAAGGCUUUGAAUGUGCCAAUUUUCCAUGUAAAUGGUGAUGAUAUGGAGGCAGUUGUUCUUGUAUGUGAACUUGCAGCAGAAUGGCGGCAGACAUUCCAUUCAGAUGUUGUGGUUGAUUUAGUGUGUUAUCGUCGAUUUGGGCAUAAUGAAAUUGACGAGCCUUCUUUCACACAGCCCAAAAUGUACAAGGUCAUUCGGAACCAUAUGUCACCUCUAGAGAUCUACAAAAAGAAACUCUUAGAAUCUGGACAGGUGACCCAAGAAGACAUUAAUAAGAUACAAGAGAAGGCCAACACGAUCCUCAAUGAAGAAUUCUUGGCCAGCAAAGAUUAUGUUCCUAAAAGAAGCGACUGGCUCUCAGCUUAUUGGGCUGGAUUCAAGUCACCUGAGCGGCUUUCACGUAUCCGAAACACUGGGGUAAAACCAGAGAUCUUGAAAACUGUUGGCAAAGCAAUAACAACUCUUCCCGAAACUUUUAAGCCUCACAGGGCAGUGAAGAAAAUUUAUGAACAACGCGCGAAAAUGAUAGAAACUGGAGAAGGCAUUGACUGGGCACUUGGGGAGGCACUUGCCUUUGCUACAUUGCUUGUGGAAGGUAACCAUGUCCGAUUGAGUGGUCAGGAUGUCGAGAGAGGUACAUUUAGUCACCGGCAUGCUGUGCUACAUGAUCAAGAGACGGAGGAGCAGUAUUGUCCUCUGGAUCAUGUUUUGAUGAACCAAGACGAAGAAAUGUUCACUGUGAGCAACAGUUCUCUUUCAGAGUUUGCUGUUCUUGGGUAUGAAUUGGGUUAUUCAAUGGAAAACCCGAACUCAUUGGUAAUGUGGGAAGCUCAAUUUGGUGACUUUGCUAAUGGAGCACAAGUGAUAUUUGACCAGUUUCUAAGUAGUGGUGAGUCAAAGUGGUUGCGUCAGACAGGACUUGUUCUGAUGCUUCCUCAUGGUUAUGAUGGUCAGGGUCCUGAGCAUUCAAGUGCAAGAUUGGAGCGUUUACUCCAGAUGAGUGACGACAAUCCCUUCGUUAUACCUGAGAUGGAUCAAACUCUUAGAAAACAAAUUCAAGAAUGCAACUGGCAGGUUGUGAAUGUUACGACUCCUGCUAAUUACUUCCAUGUUUUGCGCCGUCAGAUACACAGGGGAUUUCGUAAGCCUCUGAUUGUGAUGUCUCCCAAAAACCUACUCCGUUACAAGGAUUGCAAAUCAAAUCUUUCCGAGUUUGAUGAUGUCCAAGGUCACCCUGGUUUUGACAAACAAGGGACCAGAUUUAAGAGGCUUAUAAAGGAUCAGAAUGAUCACUCUGAUCUUGAGAAGGGUAUUAGACGUCUGGUUCUUUGCUCUGGGAAGGUUUAUUAUGAGCUUGAUGAAGAGCGAAAGAAGAAGAAUGCAAGUGACAUUGCAAUUUGUAGGGUGGAACAGCUUUGUCCAUUUCCAUAUGAUCUCAUUCAGCGAGAACUUAAGAGAUACCCAAAUGCCGAGAUAGUUUGGUGCCAGGAAGAGCCAAUGAACAUGGGUGCAUACAGCUAUAUCGCACCCCGCCUUGGCACUGCCAUGAAAGAAUUGAGCAGAGGAUCCGUAGAGGACAUCAAAUAUGUCGGGCGUGAUCCUUCAGCUUCCAUAGCCACUGGUUUCUAUCAAGUUCAUGGGAAGGAACAGACCGAGCUUGUGCAGAAGGCCAUUCAACCUGAACCAAUCAACUACCCUUUCUAAAGUUCCUCUACUAAACCCUUGAAACCAGUACAAUAGA